GCCUAUUAUUAAUAAUAAUAUUAAUAAAUCGUUUGCUAUCGCCUGAUUGCUAUGAUAAAAACAUAUUUUUAUUUUAUAAUGAAUGCGACAUGUGCAGCUAGGCUUAUUUUCUUACCAAAAUCCAAGACUUUAGCUGGCGCUGUCUCUCCAUUCCAAGGCACAUCAUAGAUGUUCCCGACUGCUGACUGAAGCUUCUUUCCAAGGGCCAUUAACUUUAACUCGGCACCACACUUUCCCACUUCUAUUACAUCCCAUUGUGGUGGAUCUUCAAUCCAUUGUAAGAGUAACCAUGUUGUGGUAGACGAUGCCAUUCUCUCGGAUCCACUUGAUUUCCCACUGGGCACUGUAUUAUCACACUUUUCAAAAGAUUCUUUAGAAUAUUUGUAAUGCGCGCUUUUACCUUCCUGAGCUAUUGACACACGUGGUGGUCAAACCAGUUAUAACCGGAUAUAGCCAGCAGUGGUUCUUAGUCCUGAUUGGUGCUUAUUUACAAUAACAGUGUAUAAAGUGUCUAGUAUUGUUAUAGAAAAUACAAAUAUCUAUGAGGGACAUUAUUUUAAUGUUAUAAGCUAUCUUGAUUUGUCAAACUCAAUCAGUAUUCGAGUUAUUUAUUUUCUGCAUUUCCGGUCCUGCAUUCCAAGAUGGCAGCCGCUAUCCCAUGUCCCACGCUACACUGAGGAGUAUCUAAUCAAUAAGUACUGCGAAGAAAUAACCAGUUUGAAGUUCAUAUAGUGAUAAUCAGAAGAGGAAAUGAGCAAAAGGAAAAGGUACCACUCUAGUUUUGAGUCUUUAGAUUUCGCUAAAAUGUCAGGAAAUGCCGAUGAAUGUGGCCAUGAUGGACGCGGUGGUGAUUGUAUUAGUAAUCAUGGUGCAUCAUCGUCUCUUUCUAAUGAAAGUAGUAAGUCAUCAUUGUUCACGGAUACAAGUUUUUCGUCUGACUGCAAUGACGGUAUAAGCGAAAGGACUGGCUCAGUGGUAUCAUCGCAAACAUCUCUGACAUCAAACGACAGUGAGUACUCUUUUGGACAGGAUGAUGAACUUCUAGGCUUACCCCAACACGACCGUGUCCGUGAUGUGGAAAAUAAAGUCAAAGAUGGAGAUGAAGUUGUUCCCAAAAAUAAUGAAGUGUUAAGAGGUGAAGAGGGCAAUGGAUCGACAGACGGUGAAAGUCAAAGUGAAGUGUCUCUCUCUUCUACCAGUCAUUCGACCCCUGAGAAUCUUGAAAAUGGUGAACUCGAUCAAUAUGAAAGAUAUAAUGAUGAAGAACUGGCUGAGAGACUUAAUGAUUUGGAUCAGAACCUCUAUGAUGGGUGCCAAAUAACAAGGCGAGAGAGUAUUCUACUCAUAAUGGGACACAUCAUAAGGAAUCAUGUGAGUGGAACAGCUCUGCAGAGCCUACUGACAGUCUUGGAGGCACAUUUACCAGCUGGAACUGUAUUCCCUGCUUCCCAAUAUCUUUUUAUGAAGAACUUUAAAAACAGUGACAUCACUCUAAGAUUUCACUCAUACUGCCCUUCUUGUAUAACCUACAUUGGAAGUAAUGAUAUGUGGUGUGAAAAUUGUGACACAAAUGUGUCUGUAAGUGACUGCAUAGAUAAUGGCAAUUAUUUUAUAACAUUUGAUGUUAAAGAUCAAUUGUUAUCUAUGCUACAGAAUGAAGAUAUUUGUAAACACCUACAAAUUGGGGCAAAAAGGGGACUUUGUGAUUCCUAUGGAGGUCGAUUAUAUCGUAAACUCCCUCUCGAGAAUGAUGACAUUACUGUUUCAUUCAACACAGAUGGCGUUCAAGUAUUUGUUUCAUCAAGGUAUUCAAUAUGGCCAUUGCAGGUAAUGGUUAAUGAGUUACCUUAUGCUAUAAGAAGGAAAAACAUUUUUCUUGGUGGCUUAUGGUUUGGUGACUCUAAACCUGACAUGAAUACCUUCCUCAAACCUUUUGUCACUGAAAUGAAUACACUAUCAGAUACUGGCUUUAAGUGGGGUACAGAAAAUGACAGCCACACCAGUAGGGUGUUUGUAACAACAUGCUCUUGUGACUCAGUAGCUCGCUGUCUUGUACAAAAUGUGACACAGUUCAAUGGUUGGUGUGGGUGUAAUUGGUGUUUGUCACAAGGUGAAGUAGUUUCAGUUGGUAGAGGGCAUGCAAGGGUUUAUAGUAUGGAGAACCAACUACCAGUUAAGAGGAAUAAAACUUCUCACAUAGAACAUGCGAGAACAGCUGUUCAGCAGGACAAACCUUGUAUGGGUGUCAAAGGUCCAUCAAUCUUGUUUCUUUUAAUGUAUUUUGACAUUGUAAACAAUUUUGUUGUUGACUAUAUGCAUUUUGUAUGUUUGGGUGUUGCACGCCAGGUAGCAGGUCUAUGGCUUAACAGUUCAAAUCAUGCCAAAAAUUUCUACAUUGAAAAAGUUGGAAAGCUAGUGAAUGGAGGGCAUGGCUUCUCCAUUAUUCCUGUGUUGUGA